AUGAACAACCCCGCCUUACCCAUAUAUGCUUCCCAGAAUCCAGGACCGUACGCUUUCAGCAAUCCCCAGCCCAAUGUCGCCUACGCCAUCCCUCCUGGGACUCCCUUUGACCAUGCCCAGACUCCAUUUCAGCCGGGCAUGAUCCCAAACCACAUCCAACGGCCCUUAUCCCACCUUCAUCAGGCCCAGCAACCUCUGUCUCAGCAUCUCUAUCAACAACAACUCGGCCAGAUUGCUACGGGUCCGCGGCCGGAAAGUCGAUCCAGCUAUAGCCCACAAUCCAAAGCAGGCCAUCCCUCCAAUGGGCAACCUCCUAUCCCAGUCCCAGUGACCCAAGGAACCAAUCCCGCCUCGAGCCCUGCCCAUUUACAGUCUGUGGCCACUUCUGUCCAGUCCCUACCGUCUACGUCUGCGCCAACGCCAUCAGAUAUGAACCUGGCGGCAAAUAUGGCACUUCAAGCGCAAUCGAGUUCCACAUUGGCUCAACAAGCGCAGAUACAAAAUGCCUCACAAGUGGCCCGGGCUGCUCCCCACCAGCAGCAGCAACAACAACAAAUCAGCGCGGGUCCUGCGCUUUCACCGCAGUCGGCUGCGAGGGAGCGAGCGCGAGUCACUGUGUUAUUGGAGAUCAAUACCCAUUUGCUGCAAGAGGUUGUUUCAUUACAGGCUCAGGGAAAGGCGGGAACCACAGCGAAUCAGGGACAACAAUCACCUACUUCACCCACUUCAACGACAGAUCCAGCCAAUGUGAUUACCAACAGCCCAGGAGAACCGCCAAAAUCAGCAGGGGGAACACCUCAGUCGAAGCCGCCAUCACAAGAGUAUGCCGAGUGCAUGCGACGCCUACAGGCCAAUUUGUCAUAUUUAGCCGCGAUUGCAGAUGCAAAAAAGAAGGCCAAUGGAGCGUUGCCCUCGGGACCAGCCAUCAUGAUUCCUCCGCCCAACCUGCCACAGGUAAUUGAGUUGUAUAAAAAAUUGAAUGCUUUGUUUCCCGAGGCAAGUCAAUCGGCGAUCAACAAGGCAAUGGCGCAAGCGGCUGCUCAAAAUCAGAACGCGAGCUCGAAACCUCCACCAUCUUUUAACUCUGCGCAAGGGUGA